UGAACGAGCUACGACCUUUCUAUUUUUCAACAUAACCGUAUUCUUCUCACCAACACUGCGCCACCAAUGUCGGAUCCCUCUCCACCGUCGCCACCGCCAGAAUUUCCGCCGGUAGAACCAACUAACUUCGACCUAAUAGUAAUCGGCACCGGACUUUCACAAUCCGUCAUCGCCGCCGCCGCUUCCACCGCCGGGAAAACCGUGCUCCACCUUGAUCCAAACCCCUUUUACGGCUCUCAUUUCUCCUCUCUCUCCCUUCCCGAGCUUUCCUCCUUCCUUCUCUCUGCUCCUUCUCAACCUUCUCAUUCCUCCCCAAUCUCCGACGAAUACGACGUCGUUCCUCUCUCUUCCCGCCCUCUGUACUCCGAUGUCGAGAUCUCUGCUUUACCGACGGAAUUGGAGGAUUGUAGUAGGCGAUUUUGCUUCGAUGUUUCGGGGCCUAGGGUUUUGUUCUGCGCUGAUUCAGCGAUUGAUUUGUUGUUGAAAUCUGGUGUGAAUCACUACUUGGAGUUCAAGAGUGUUGAUGUUAGCUUGAUUUAUGAUGGCGAGAGUGGGAAAUUUUCUAGCGUUCCAGGUUCAAGGGCUGCCAUUUUUAAUGAUAAAAGCUUGAGCUUGAUCGAGAAGCUUACAUUGAUGGGGUUCUUCAAGCUUGUUCAGAAGCAUUUGGGAGGAGAAGGAGAAGAUGUUAUUUCUGAGGAGGAUUUGGAGAGUCCCUUUGUUGAGUUCUUGAACAAGUUUCGGUUGAAUAAGAAUCCUCUGAAUCAGAAAAUUAAAUGGAUUAUCCUGUAUGCCAUAGCACUUGCAGAUUACGACCAAGAAAAUUUAGAAGUCUGCAAAGAUUUGCUCAAGACAAAGGAUGGGAUUAAUCGUUUGGCUCUAUAUCACUCGUCAAUUGGAAGAUUCCCAAAUGCACCAGGUGCUAUGUUAUAUCCUAUGUAUGGCCAAGGAGAGUUGCCACAAGCAUUCUGCCGCCGUGCUGCUGUCAAAGGAUGCAUAUAUGUACUACGAAUGCCAGUAGCUGCUUUGCUUGCAGAUAAGGGUAGUGGGCUAUACAGAGGUGUAAGAUUAGCUUCUGGUCAGGAUCUCUUCAGCCAUCAAUUACUCAUUGACCCACAGUUUGUAAUUCCUCAAGCUUUGGCUUUGUCCAAGUCGGGUAGUUUACAAGUAAAUUCUCAAAAUUCCAUCCCAAAAGAUAUCAAAAUGAAGGUAGCAAGGGGAAUAUGCAUUACUAGAACAUCAUUGAAGUCAGAUGCUUUAAACCUUUUGAUAGUGUACCCUCCAAGAUCUUUAUAUCCUGAGCAGGUGACAUCAGUCCGAGUUCUCCAACUAGGCAGCAACUCAGCAGUGUGCCCCGUGGGCAUGUUUGUUUUGCACCUCUCCAGUUUCUGUGAUGAUGCGAACCAAGGGAAGAAGUUGUUAAAGGCUGCAGUGGAUGCUUUAUUCAAGCAACCUUCUUCUGUAAUCUCUGAAAUAAAGUCCUCUGAAACUCCUGAAGACAAUUCAGUAGAUCAGGGUGCAGUUACAGAAGAGGAAAAACCAGCAUUGGUGUGGACUGCCUCAUAUCUCCAGGAAAUUACAGAGGAAUCAGUAUCCACUAUCAGCAGCAGUCCCUGUCCUGAUGGAAAUUUGAGCUACAAUAAUCUCAUUGAUACCACGAAAAAGAUGUUUGAACAAAUGUUUUCUGGCGAAGAAUUUUUCCCAGACGCUCCUGAGGAUCCUGACAAUGUCGAAGACUCUGCACCCGAGUAGAGGAUAUGGGAUAAUGAAACAUAAUAGGUGUAAAACUUACUGAACUUGACUAGAAACUCUUAUUGUUCGAUUUACCAGUAAAUUUGUUUUGAACCAAGUCCAGAUAGUUUUGCCAUUUCCUGGUGUAUUGUCAAUUUGUCAUUUUAAAUCCAGUAACCUUUUGCAGGUUGAUUAUAUAAAGUAACUUUUUUAUGUUUUA